AAUAGGAAGCUCUGUCUUGGGUCUGGAUUCUAAUGGAGGAGUUGCAGGGUGCUCUUCAAGCUGGUGGGUUAACUGUUUCCAACUUCCCUGACAAAGGCCGUUCUCUCGUCACCACCAGAGACUUCUAUCCAGGGGAGGUAAUUAUAAGCCAAGAGCCUUAUGUUUGCGUGCCAAACAACUCAAGAUGCGACGGAUGUUUCACAGACACAAACCUUAAGAAGUGCUCAGCUUGUCAGGUGGUCUGCUACUGUGGAAGCGUUUGCCAGAAGUUGGAUUGGAAGCUGCAUCGUCUGGAAUGCCAAGCUCUGUCUAAGCUUGACAAGGAGAGGAGAAAAUCUGUUACACCUACAAUCCGUCUAAUGGUGAAACUUUACCUUCGGAGAAAAUUGCAAAAUGAGAAGGUUAUCUCUGUUACUGCUACAGAUAAUUAUAAUUUAGUGGAGGCAUUGGUUUCCCAUAUGUUAGACAUUGAUGAGAAGCAACUGGUGCUCUAUGCACAGAUGGCCAACCUUGUCAAUUUGAUUCUUCAGUUGCCUGAGAUCAGCAUAAAAGAGAUUGCAGAAAACUUUUCCAAGUUUGCAUGCAAUGCACAUACCAUUUGUGACAGUGAAUUGAGGCCUCUUGGGACAGGAUUAUAUCCUAUUAUUUCUAUUAUAAACCACAGCUGCUUGCCCAAUGCUGUACUAGUAUUUGAGGGAAGGUUGGCUGUUGUACGUGCUAUGCAGCACAUACCCAAAGGUGAUGAGGUAUUGAUAAGUUAUGUUGAGACUGCAGCAAGCUCUACUACUCGGCAAAAGGCUCUCAAAGAACAAUACUUUUUCUCCUGUACAUGUUCCCGAUGCAUCCAAGUGGGUCAGUAUGAAGAUAUCGAAGAAAGUGCAAUUCUGGAAGGUUAUCGGUGCAGGGAUAAUGGAUGCAGUGGUUUCUUGUUACGUGACUCUGAUGACAAAGGAUUUGUAUGCCAACAAUGUGGCCUUCUUAGGGACAAGGAAGAGAUAAGAAAUAUUGCUAGUGAUAUCAAAGCCAUGUCAGACAAGGUUCUUAAGUCUAAUUCAUCUGGCAAUCAUCAGGACUCUGUUUUUAUGUAUAAGAAUAUUGAGAAACUCCAGAAGCAAUUGUGCCAUCCAUUUUCAAUCAGUCUCAUGCGGACACAAGAAAAGCUUCUUGAGAUAUUAAUGCAGCUGGAAGAUUGGAAAGAAGCUUUGGCAUAUUGCAGGCUGACCCUUCCAGUCUAUCAAAGAGUGUAUCCAGGAUCCCAUCCCUUGCUUGGACUGCAAUACUAUACUUGUGGAAAACUUGAGUGGUUGCUUGGGGAGACAGAUGAAGCUAUCAAAUCUUUGACAAAGGCAGUUGACAUACUACGAAUUACUCAUGGCUCAAAUACACCAUUCAUGAAGGAACUAUUGAUGAAGUUACAGGAAGCCCGUGCUGAAGCUUCAUACAAGCUUUCAUCUAGGGACGAGUAGCAACUCACCUCACAAACAUCAUUUGCAAUGGCCUUUAUUGCCCUGAACCAUGUCCAGAAAAUCGACAUGCUGGACCAUUGAAAAAGAACCAUGCAAUCUGUGCAUCUGCCAAUGGGAUAAUAGAUCAGGUAGUUAAGAUGAAUUCAUUUACAGCAAUUAUUCCUUCAAGGUGCAGUAGGGUUGAAGAAGGCCAUCUCUUAAAAAUUUUCAUUUUGAGCUUGUGGGUUGUUAGUUUUGCUUUGGGUUAACCAGUGGGGAUUUCCCGUCAGUCUAUUCCCUUGAAGAACAUAUUAUCAAUGUGGACGAACAACCAAUUUUUAACAAAUGAACAAUUCACGUCAAUAGUCAACACAGGCAAAUACUUUUUGUUAAUAGAGGGAGUCAAGUAUGUUAACAUUACUCGAAGUUAAGGGACUUGAUUGCAGUAAAUAAUAUAGUUGAAG